AUGUCCAUCCCACUUCUUAUCAAUAAUGACUCCGUCACGACGGACACCCUCUUCCCGGUCCAAAACCCGGCUACCGGCGAGAUCAUUUACCACUGCACGGGCGCAACGGUUGCUGAAGCCAACCGUGCCGUGGACGCCGCCCAGGCUGCGUUCCCAGCCUGGCGUGAUAUGAAAGCAUACCCGCGCCGAGACCUGCUGAUGCGCGCCGCGGAGCUGCUGCUCGCCCGUAAAGAAGAGCUGCUGGCGUACCAGUGCGAGGAGACCGGGGCGACCAGGCAGUUCGCCGACAUCAACUUCACAAUGGGCUUCAAUCUCUUGAAGGACUUUGCUGCUAGAGUGCCAACAAUCGAGGGUACCGUGCCCGCCGUCACACACCAGAGUAGGGGCGCCAUGAUUUAUAAGGAGCCGUAUGGUGUCAUCUUGGGGAUUGUCCCGUGGAACGCUCCGUUCAUUCUUGCCAUUCGGGCUAUCGCCCUUCCACUCGCUGCAGGCAAUACUGUGGUCCUGAAAGGAUCGGAACUCUCACCAAAGUGCUUCUGGGCUUUGGGAGAUAUCUUCAGACAGGCGGGACUGCCCGCAGGAUGUCUGAAUAUCCUGUAUCAUCGGCCUGCUGAUGCCGCGGAAGUGACUAAUACCCUUAUUGCGCACCCGGCAGUACGCAAGGUCAAUUUCACGGGGAGCACCCACGUCGGCUCUCUUGUUGCAUCCACCGCAGGCAAAUAUCUAAAGCCUAUCCUCGUCGAGUUGGGAGGCAAGGCCUCGGCAAUUGUUCUCGAUGAUGCCAAUCUGGACAAUGCCGCAGCUUGUUGUGUCCUAGGAUCUUUUAUGAAUAGUGGACAGAUCUGUAUGUCGACGGAGCGUAUCCUCGUGCACCGAGCAAUUGCCGAAGAGUUCCGCCAACGACUCGUGGAUACCGCUGAGAAGAUGUUCGGCAAGGAUAUACCUGCACCGGUGCUUGUGCAGACAGCGGCUGUUGCUAGAAACCACAAGCUGGCAGCAGAUGCAGUGGCCAAGGGAGGUAGUGUCCUGUUCGGAGACGCCGACGCAAAUGAGAUCGGCCCGGCAAGCAUGCGGCCAUUGAUCAUCGACGGAGUCACCAAGGAAAUGGACAUCUAUGCAACAGAGUCCUUUGGACCGACGGUCUCACUGAUCGUCGUGGAUAAUGACGAAACCGCCAUCGCCCUCGCUAAUGACACCGAGUAUGGGCUGAGUGCGGCGGUCUUCACAGAGAACCUUCUGCGUGGGUUGAAGAUUGCAAGAAAGAUCGAGUCCGGGGCUGUCCAUAUUAAUUCCAUCACGGUCCAUGAUGAACCAGUUCUGCCGCAUGGAGGUUGGAAAAGCAGCGGAUUCGGUCGUUUCGGGGGCUCUUCGGGCUUUGAUGAGUUUCUCCAGACCAAGACGGUCACCUGGGCUGAGUAG